AUGUCUGACCAAGUACAAGCUGAGUAUCGAACUCGAUUAGGCGCAUCAAUUGAUUGUACUCAAUUUUUAUUACGGGAAGGUCUUACAUUUCGUGGACAUGAUGAGACUAAUGAUUCAAAGAAUCAAGAUGAAUCAAAAGAUAUAUCUUCAAAGGAGCAAAUGUCAGUUGUAUUACGAUAUGUGGAUGAAGGUUAUGUGAUUGAACAAUUUAUUGGAAUCAUCUAUGUCAAUAAUACAAGUGCCCUAUCACUUAAGGAAGCUAUUGAUGUCUGCUAUACUAUCAUUGAUAUGCAACUUCAAGAGUUGAAUAAUCGUUUUACUAAAUCAAGUACUGAAUUGCUUCUCUGUAUGGCUUGUCUGAAUCCGAGUAAUUCAUUUGCUGCUUUUGAUAGACAAAAACUUAGUCGACUUGCUCGGUUUUAUCCAAGAGACUUUUCAGCUAUUGAACUCUCUAUGCUUGAGGAUCAACUUCAAAAUUACAUUAUUGAUAUGCGUUCAGAGUUUGUUGAACUAAAAAGCAUUGGUGAUCUUGCAGUGAAAAUGGUCGUUACAAAAAGAGAUAAGGUCUACCUAUUAGUUUAUCAGUUGCUCACAUUGGCGUUGAUUUUACCAGUUGCAACAGUGACUAUAGAGAGAACAUUUUCUGCUAUGAAUGUUGUGAAGACUCGACUGCGCAAUCGAAUGGAAGAUCAAUGGAUGAAUGAUUGUCUUAUAGCUUAUAUUGAGAAAGAUUUAUUGGAUAAGUUAGAUAAUAAACUUAUCAUGGAUCGAUUUCAAAGAAUGAAAACUCGUAAAGGACAAUUGUAA